AUGGCAUUGGUCAACAACUCCGAGGCGCGUGCAGAUGUUCAGUCUGAACUGGCUACGCUGGUGCAGGAUGCGCUGAGGUUGGAAACGCAAUUGCAAAAUGCUCGCGGAGGGCGUGGAGUGCUAGAGUCACCACCAGUUGGCUGUGCCACCUCUGACGAGAUCUGCGAGAAGUCGGAGAGAAGUAGUGCUCUUCAUGUUCAGUCUCAACUGGCUACGCUGGUGCAGGAUGUGCGGAGGUUGGAAGCACAAUUGCAAAAUGCUCGCGGAGGGCGUGGAGGGCUAGAGCCACCACCAGUUGGCUGUGCCCCUGACGAGUCGGAGAAAGGUAGUACUUUUCAUGUAUUUCAAGGUUGGCUGCAGCAGGAGCUGCACGCUCACGAAGAACGUCUCAGGAACGGAUUCAUCGAGGAUCUGUCCCAGUUUUUCAGGCAAGGGCCUUUGCAAUUGGCCCUGCCAGAGUCGGAGUGCCAGGAUGAGCUCGAGACUGCAAGCCCACACAGGCCGAAAGCUGCACCUUCAACGGCGUUGCCAGCCAAGCUGGCACCGCUCGAUGAUGAGCAACGAGAGGCCGAGCCCGACAAGGAGACGAAACUGCCGGGUAUGGUGCCUGAUGAGAUGGGCGCCCCGAAGUCAAGGAAGUCCCGCUUCGCCGGACCAAAUGUAGCCGAGGGUCGCAAGUCUCUCAAGUCCAUGGCGCGCGGGGCAGCUUUUGGAGGCGUCGAGAACAUCGCCCCAUGCCCUGUUGUACCAGACGCAGACCCGAAGCCCCUGCAGCCAGAGGAGGCGCAGGACUCAUCUGACUUAUCUGCAGCAAUGAGCGUGUUACACAGACUGCGCGAGUUUGUGCGUCGCAGCUUUGUGGAGAAUACUUGCUUUGGCUAUGUUAUUAUUGCUUUCAUUGUGUUGAACGCGGUGAUGAUGGGCAUCCAAGCUGACUGGAUGGUUUCAAACAUCGGCCAAACAGCGCCAGAGAUUUUCGAUAUCUUUGAGAACAUUUUUGCGUUCAUUUUCACUUGCGAGCUGAUAAUGCGCAUCUUUGUCUACCACAUCAAUUUUUUCCGCACAACGGAAUGGAAGUGGAACUUAUUCGAUUCAGUUGUCGUCGGCCUACAGCUAGUUGACAUUAUCUCAACACUGGCUGUUGGGGACGAGAAUGUGUCGACAGAGACUGGCAAUCUGUCAUUCAUGAGAAUCAUCCGCUUGAUGCGCCUACUCCGGAUUCUCCGCCUUAUGCGUCUGCUACGCUUCGUCCAAGAGCUGCGAUCAAUGGUGAUGUCCAUCGUAGCUUCGCUGAAGUCGCUGAUGUGGACGAUCAUCUUAUUGGCAUUCUUGAUGUACGGCGUCGGAGUCUGCUUGACGCAGAUGAUUGCUGACAAAGGCUUGGAGGAGCCCCAGAUCAUGGUGCUCGCUCCGCAGAUGAAGAGCUACUACGGAUCGCUGCCUCAAGCUUUGGUCUCCCUUUUUGCUGGCAUUACGGGCGGCAUUGAUUGGGCUGAUCUUCUGGAACCCUUGGAAGAACAAAUUUCGCCGUGGCUGGCAGUUGUUUUCGUUCUUUAUAUUGCUUUUGCUGUGCUGGCGAUGAUGAACGUGGUAACAGGUAUCUUCGUCGAAUCAGCCUUGCAGUCCACUAGGGAAGAUGAGGAGAAGGAAGUCCGGGCACAGCUCGAUGAGAUGUUCAAGCAUGUGGACAAAGAGAAGAAUGGAACCAUAUCUUGGCAGGAAUUCGUCCAGUCGCUGGAAAACCCUGACAUGAAGAGAUGCUUCGAGAGCUUAGGCUUUGACAUGGAAGAGGAUUGUUCGGCGCUCUUCCGGGUACUCGAUGACGGCGACGGCGAGUGUACGCUGGACGAGUUCAUCGGCGGGAUUCUCCGGUGCAAAGGUCCUGCACGGGCAUUCGAUCAGAUGGCAAUGCAGGCCAUGAUGAAGCAGCUGGACCACAAGGUUUCGAGAAUCAUGAAGUCAAUGGUCGAUCUUGGAUGCACGAACUCCAUCAAACCACAGGGCUCCGAGGGCUCAAAGACGAGAAGUGGCGAGUAA